CUUCCGCGUGGCACUGCUAACAUCCAGACGAGAUUCGUCACUAUUGCGAUUCGCCUCCUUGUAUACGGAAGUGUCCACACGCUAAACCUUCUAACAAAACCGUGUAUAAAUAUAUGGUUCUUUAAGACUUCGUAUUCUGUUCCCCGUUCAUAGUCAACAAUUACACACAAUCGCCAUGGCCGGAAUGAUGAAAGCCGCAAUCUGCAAACAGGCAAAAGCCCCCCUUGUAAUCGAGGAAAUUCCCAUUCCCGAACCAAGCGGCCGUGAGAUACGAGUCCGUGUCAAGGACGCCUCACUAUGCCAUUCCGACCUGACCAUUAUGUCAGGUGACGGCCCCCCCGAAGUACGCAACAUAUUCCCCAUAAUCAUGGGCCAUGAAGCUGUCUCUGUCGUCGACAAACUGGGCCCCGAAGCAGCACCGCAUGGGUUUCGGGAAGGUGAUCUCGUGGGAGCCUCCCUGUGGCAUAACAUGUGCCUGAAUUGCAAUGAAUGCAAGACUGCCGGACCGGACUUCUGUCCCACUAGGGAAUCAUUGGGCAUUAAUCGUCCGGGGAACUUUGCGGAGUAUACCUUGAUUGAUACGGCGAGUGCGGUGCUGAUUUCUCGCCCGGGUGUUGAUUCGAGUGUCGAAAUUCCUCCGCCAGCGGCCCUAUCGCCGCUGUUCUGUGCCGGGAUCACUGUCUGGGAUGGUUUGGAGCGAGCCCAUAUUCGCCCUGGUGAGACGGUUGCGGUUGUCGGGGUAGGAGGUUUGGGGGAGCUAGCAGUUCGAUACGUCCGGGCGCUAGGAGGGAAGGUCCUCGCUCUUGAUGUACGAGAUGACCAGUUGGAGGCGAGUAAGAAUUAUGCGGAUGGGAUUAUCAACACACGCUCCCUCGGCCUCGAUGCUCUGAAGGAAAAGAUCGCUGAGAUGAGCGGUCAUGGCACUGUUGAUGUUGCGUUUGUGGCGGCCGGCGCUGCGGCUGCGUAUGAAACGGGAAUGAACAUUCUAAAACCGGAGGGGAAGUUGAUUGCAGCCGGAAUCCCUCUGGAGAUUGUGCCUUUGCCUAUUCUCCCACUCACCUUCCAGGCUAUUCAUAUCAUCGGAUGCAGAUCUACUGGGCAGGCUGGGGUACAGCGAUGCUUAGACUUCUCUCUUCGAAAGAAGAUUAUGCCCAAGGUCAACCCGAGGAAGUUUCGGCUGGAAGAGAUCAACAAAAUGAUAGCCCUGAUGGAGACCAAUCAAGUACAGGAUGGUCGCAUGGUGAUUGAAUUUCCAUGGUGAUCUAAUGGCAAUGUAUGGUUUAGUUUAGGAUACAAAUGCUCUACUUUCUUUCCUACAUGGCAAUUUGAGAUAUCGGGCACUCAAUGCUGAGACACAUGCAUGCAUGCAUGCAUUGAUCACCACAUUCCCAUGCAAGUUAAUAGUCAAUGUAUGCAUCUCGCCUGUAACUUAGCCGAUUUAAUUAUUUCUCGCCUAUUUUGCUCAGAGCAAAAUAGUGGCUAGAGAGUCUGAGAGCCUGGUU